AUGGUGAACCUUAACAUAGAGAAUCCUGCUGCUUUGAAAGGGCUCUUCACUUUUUAUCCUAAUUAUCACCCAAUAAAUGUUUCUAUUGUUGUGUAUGACAUAACACAGAGACAUUCAUUUGAGGACGCAAUGACGUUGGUUUAUGCGUUCACUCAAGAGGCCAGGCCAGGUGCCUUUGUAGCUCUUGUGGGGAAUAAAGCAGAUCUUAAAAGUAGAAGGGAGGUGUCUUUUAAGGUAAGUAAUGUCAACAACACCAUGCUCACCAGGCAUAUGUCAACAAUCUGACGUUGGCACCUCGCAAGUAACCUUUUCACAACAUUGACGUAACAAAGCGACCUAUUAGAAUGAUCUAUUCUUGUUUACCUUUUUUGUUUUUAGGACAGAAAAUAAUGAGUUAAUUCACAUACGGUUGAAUGACGAAGGAAUCAUGUUACCCGAUUGUCACAGUCAAUGACAUCGCAGCAAAAGUAACGAAUUAGUUUUCAGGGGACAGAAUUAAAUCAUUUCACCAAAACUCCUUCUUGAACUUUGAUGAUGACUGACGCUCAGGUUGUCAAAAAAGACAGUCACUACUAAUAACAACAGUGCUUCUCAAGACUUCUCUUACCAGGCUUUCUUGUAAAAAUUUAACUUAAAAAAAAAUUGAUUAGACCCAUUUUUUUGGUAAUCAAUGGUGUACUAUAUUUCUUUUCCUUAUAUUCCCAAAAUUAACUCGGAGUUAUUCCAGGAAUGCAGCUCACACACACUGUUAUUUUGUGGUGGGAGAUUUCGACUUUAUAUUUUGUUCUUUCAGGAAGCUCACCUUUUUGCAGAUGUAAACAGUAUUGUUGAGAUUUUUAUGGAAGUGUCAGCACGAACAGGCGAAAAUGUGGGAGACCUUUUCUUUGAAGUAGGUGAGUAGAACUGACUAUUCAUUGAUCUAAAGGGGGUAGGUUUCUAAAGAAACUUUGUUGCUAUUUCAUUGGUGGAAUAUAACAGCGUAAUUUCUCAGUAGUAUUAUCAACUAAGUUGAUAACGUAAAUUGGCCAUCAACGAGCGCUUUUAUUUAACUGGCCGUAGGGAUUAACACUGUCGAUUUGAAAGAUGUUUCACCAAUGUAUAGCUUUUUGCGAAAAGUUGUACAUUGGUAAAAAAUUGGAAGACGACUAAGUGACCGAUUCCGAGAACACCUUCGCGAAGUAGAAAGAAAUAACAAAGGCGCAUCUUAACCAGUCGCUAGACACUUUAAUCUCGCUAACCAUUCUGAGCAGCAUAUGGCAGUUUGCGGCCCUUCCCUAUAUCUAGACAGUUCGGAAAGCCUCAAAACUCUAGAAAAAUCUCCAGUCGCUCUGACGAAGGGCUAACGCUGGAAAUGUGAGCUUUUAAACUCUUGACGGUGGCCAAUUUACGCUAUCAACUCAGUUGAUAAUACUAAAUUACCCUAUUCAUUGAUGUGUCUGACAAACUGACGGUAAAGUCUGCACUUGAGUCCAUUGGUAUAUCAGGUGCUAGAGUUAAUCAUGAUUAUUUCAGCAUGAUGCAGCUUGGGGUUUUGAACCAAAACCUCUCUAUCUGUGGUUUAGGGUUCAAACCAUUUCACCUCCCCAUCUCCCAACAACCUGCCUUAUCAAUUAUACUGCUUUUUUAAGUAGAUGUGUUUUCUCACAGGGUGUCUUUGUCAAAUGAUACGCUUUGCACGCAUUGCAAUACUCUCCAACUGGUUUUGUAAAAAACCUGGGUUGAAAGGGGAUUCCUUAAUAUGCGUCGGCUAAAGGCCGACACAGACGGAAGAAAAUAUGCAACCACUUAUCAUAAUAUAAUUUAAUAGAGAAUACUUUGUAAAUUAUCACAUACUCCACUCUUUUAUGAAGCCAGACUUACUGAUAGCUUGGAGCUUGCGCCAUUACAUUGAAUGUAAAGCAUUGCAGAAAGCUUCAGAAAGUCUAUUAACGCCAUUCCUGCAGAAUGACCAUUGUGGGACACUUCUUUCCAAUUAGCACUCGUUAAUGGAGAUGAGAACACUUUCAGUGGAUAGGCCUUGACAGAAAUCACAUUAUUUUUGCAGUCAAGUGUUCGUCUUAAGAUAAAAAAAUAAUAAUAAUAAUUGAAUAUAGGUUUCUGACUAGAGUUGAAUUGAAAGGGUAACUGUGAGAAUCUGUUUGUUACAAUUGUAUGUCUGUUGUACCAGUGGCUGCUUCUAUGAAACAUGAGCUUGGAUAACUAGCAGUAUUGUCAUUUCUCCCCGUGGAAAAAAGACAAAAAAUUAUCAAUAGCAUAAUUGUUUUUAUGUUUGCUAGAAGAAAAAUGGAGUGCGAGGUUUUGUUCCUAGUGUCAAAACUAGGUUGCUCCUGUUACCUAUACCAGUUAUAUCAAUUUUCCUAAGCUGUGUUUAGUUCUCUUAAUGUGAAACUCCUGCACUUCUUUUCUGUUAAUUAAGGUUUCCGGGGAUGGUUCUUGAGGAAAUACUUUUUGUGUUAUAGGUGUAGGUAUUAUUCAGAAUGCAGAGGGGCAAAGCUGACAGGGAAUUGUCAGUUGGUUCUUAGUUUUUUGUGAUCAUUCUAUUUUGUAGCGAAACGUUUAACUGUGCCCUUAUCCGUUAUCAGCGAAACGUUGGCUCUCGGAGAGAAAACUUUGGAUCUGAGUAGGAGAAAUUUGGACUGGCAUCCGUGGAUUUAUGACAUAGGGGAGUUUCUGCAUAGACGAGAGAACUUUUCACUUAGAAAUAUCCUAUCGCUGAAUUUGAGCCACAACCGUCUUGAAAAGCUACCUGAUAUUUUUCUACAAUUGAUCAACCUGACGUGCUUAUAUGUGAAUAACAACAGACUGUCCUCUCUGCCUGAAAGUAUUGGAUGCUUGAAACGACUUCAAGAGCUGGACUUGAGAAAUAACCAACUGAAGGUACUUGAUGUGGUUAGAAAACUGCCUGAACUUAAGAAACUAUUGGUUGAAGGAAAUCCGCUCACUCUAGUAGAGAUAAGAAGUCUUAUUAAGCAUGUGGAUACGACGACAAGAUCGAUCUCCGUAGACAUUGCAGGUAGUGUUACAUGAAUAUAUGGCAAUAGAUCUUUAGCAUACUCGAGCACAAUGUUAUCUCGGACUAAGGAUUGUAUGUCUCUAGCGCUGUGGUGAUUUUUAUCUCAAUUGAGAGUUUCUGAAGUAAUUUCUUUAUAAAGAUUAGAGCUUCAAGUAGGUGAAGCCUUUCUUUCCAUCUUCGCGUAGAGAUCCAAUUUGAAGUAUACGUAUACAGUCGACUCCCGUUAUUGCGGACACCCCCUCGGGGGAGAGGGGGGGGCAGAUUUCGUGUUCGUAAGAUCGAGAGUCCGUAAUAGCGGGGUACGAGAGAAAAAAAUUGUUUUGUCUCCAAACAUAUGAGAUAAUAUGUAACUAGGCAAAAAUAAAGUUUCUAACAUUGCCUCACCAACCGGAAAAAGAUCUGGCCGCAAUUAAGCAGGAAAUUUUCAUGCUCGCACCCAAUUAAAGAAUGGUUUCUUUAUUUUCCUUAUAGUAAUGUCGCUUUAUAGUAUGUGAGUCAGGGUUUUGGACGAAGUGUCCGCUAUAGCAAGAGAAAAACAAGUGAAAUGAGCUCUGGGGGUUAUGAAAGUGUCUGCAUUUCCAUAAUAGCGAGAGUCCGUAAUAGCGGGAGUAUAUUUCAGUCAACUCUUUGUGCGUUUCUCCGGGGGAUGCCUCUUGUCUGCAAUCGUAGGGUGUCCGUAAUAGAGAGCUGUUCGUAGGACGAGAGUCGAUUGUACACUUAAAAAUGCAACCUUCACUUACUAUUUUAUUUCUUAUGAGGAUUGAUGCUAGUAUGAAUCGUUGCAAGCUUCGUCUGAUAAUCCCUUUGGGGGAAUGUUUAAUUCAAAUUUGCCAACCGAUCGUUCUGGCUAUAGAGUCUCGGGGUGUGCACUUGAAAAAAGCGUAACCGUCGGAAGCAGGCUGGUUUUGUUGUUGAGUGCAGUGUUCGUGUACUUUACAAACCUUUUUCCAAGCAUUUAAAAUUGAAAAUGGUACAAAAGAACCCGGCUUGAAAGCUCACAGUGCAAGAAAGACGAAAAAUCCCGUCACUAUUUUACGACAAGAAAAUGUUGAGGAAGUCUUAUGUGACAGAUUUACCUGAAAUUUUAAAAAACAUCAUUUUCUCUUCUACCGGAAACAUUUAAUCUUCCAAAAGUUGAUAUGACUUUCAUGGAAGUUAAUUUUAGUAAUAUGCUCCUUGUAUUACAUGUAUCACCCUCCACAAGGUCGUGAUGUAUCGUAGAAAUGUUCUUUGUUUCUCACUUUACUGUUCUACAAUAGGCAAUUACUGAAAUAUUAAAUUUUUCUUUUCCCUCACUUGCAGCUGUAGCUCCUCCCGAUAUUUUGGCGCAAGGACAUUCAGCAAGACUGAUUUAUGAAGAGGCCCUUAGAGAUGGAUUUGUGAACGUUUAUCGUGGUCGCAUAAUAUUGGUUGGCCAGGAUCGUGCCGGUAAAACAAGUUUAAAGAAGAGUCUCUUAGGUCUGCCAUUUGACUCCAAGGAACAGAGUACGGACGGGAUCGAAAUUGAGCCAUCAAAGUUCGAAAUUGAAGUUAAGCAAAUUAAGAACUGGACACCUUGUUGA